AUGACUCAAGAAUCGGGGACAACCGCUACAGAUGAGCUUCUAGAUGCUUACUAUAGAUUCUUCAAUGCUGCUCAUCCUUGCGUGCUCCCUCGGCAAUGCCUAGAGUUGUACUUGAUAUCAGACCCUCUGGGGCUCAAGCUACUCUAUUCAAUUAUGCAGUUCAUUGGCUCAUUGUACUUACCGUCGAUUUCAUCUGCGGCAAUUGAAGUACAAGUGCUAGAGGCUCUAGCAGAAGACCAGGUUUGCACUGCGCAAUCAAUAGGCUACCGGGUGCAGGCCCUAGUCUUAUACUCCAUUGCCGUCUUUUGGCGCGAUGAGAUCAACAGAGGCCUAGCAUUGCUUGAUCAGGCUAUUUUCGAGGCUCUAGGUGCCGGCAUGAACCUUCAGGAAUUUGCCACGAAGCAUGGCUGCGGGAGUCCCAUCUUGGAAGAGAGCUGGAGACGAACGUGGUGGUUGAUAUACACAACAGAUGGUCACGUUGCCGGUAGUACUCACUCAUUUCUAUUGAGAACUACCAACAUCACCUCCACUGUGGACUUGCCCUGCGAAGAAGAAGACUAUGAGCUGAUGUGCGUUCCUAAUUCAAGGACACUGUCGGAAUUUGACAUGCGAGAGUUCACAGACAAUAAUGGCGAACAAUUUUUAUCCUUUGCUCAGCUCGUCGGUCUCGUACGCAGCCUCGAUACUGUCUUCUCAAACGGACGCAAGUCCGAUCCUUCAUUUAUCUCCACUCUUACUACAGACUUUGAUGCGAGCAUCAUGGGCUGGUAUUCCUUGCUUCCUCAAUCCAAACGGAAAUUGUUGCGUACAAAGGGCAAGUUAGAUGAGCAACUCUCCAGAGCGAACAUGUUGAUUAAUACAUACCUAGUUGUCAUCCAUCGACCUUUGUCGGAUCUAGCAUACUGCGCUGUGGAGUCCGUGUCGAGAUGUGCGCCUCCACCGCCGGCAGGAUACUCGAGUCCAGACGAGAAUCAUGCUUCAGAGACUCACACGCCAAAGAUACUUCACGGCAUUGAAGCAUUCAAUAAUUUGCUCACGCUAUCCAGCAGUCUGAAAGCACAUACUCCGUUCAUCAUCUGCAUGAUCGCAGUCACAACGAUUACACAUCUGUCCGCUUGCAAAUAUGUGCUUCGAGGCCAAGCAUUGAAGCUUGCUCGUGAGAGGAUCCGUCUCAACAUGGGAAUUCUGAAAGCUCUGGGAGAAUCCUGGCCACUCGGUGAGCGAACUUAUCGAGAAGUCGGAGUGAUAGCCCGCGAGAUCCUGUGUCUAGUAGACCAAGAGAUCUUUCCUCCUCCUGCUUAUUCAUGUGAACAUAACACGUCCUUCUCGAUGGCCAAUCAGUUAACUUUCGAUUUCGAUUCCGUAACUGACCUGGUCAACACAUUUGGAUUUGAGCGAAGCGGCCUCAGCACAGGUGUUGCGGUGUGA